CAACAGACCGCGCGAUCGCUCGCAUCGCCGACGCGAAGCGAGAGGGGGAGAGAGAGAAAGAGAGAGAGCGAGAGAGAACGAGUGAAAGGAAGAGAGUGAGAGAGAGAGAGAGAGAGAGAGACGAAAAAAGUGCGCGAGUGUGGCGUGUGCAUACGCGCGCGAAAGGAAGCGAAAGAGAAAGAUCAAAAUAAGAGGGAAAGGCACAUCGAGGGAGAACGAGAGGAGAGAAAGAGAGGAGGAGAGAGAAAGGAAGAGCGAAGACUACGAUUCGUCUUGGUCGUCGUUGCCGUCAUCGUCGUCGUCGUCAUCGUCGUCGUGCCGCUCGGUCUCGCCUGAACAAAGGAAGGUUCUUCUCUCCCUCGGCUCUCCGCGUCGAGGGUCGUUUCCGAUCGACGAACCGUCGGGAUCCUUCCUCGGGUAUCUUCGGCACGGCUCGUGCGCGUCGGGCGCGCACGAAGCGGUCAGUCACGUAGCAGCGGCCGAGACGUGAGGAACAAAGGACGGCGGCAGGAUCUGCGCGCGCGAGAGAGGGAGACGAGCGCAGUGCGGGAUAACAAAACGAGCGUUGUGCUCAACACGGCGGUCGUGCGCGUUACUCCCGGCGACAUUGUUGACACUCGCGAUCGCGAGGAGCGAGCGGCGUAAACCCGACGGUCUAUCGAGAUAUCUCUCUUAAAUCGUGAGAGAAAGAGGAACUCUUCAUUCGGCGCGGCGAGUUUCGCGACAGAGAAGAGAAGAGAGGAGUGGAGUCCCGCGAGAGAUUCGCGCGAGCUCGAUUCGUUAAUCUGUGCAUUGUGCGUUGUUUUCUGCUUUUUUUAUACUUUUCUAUCCUUCGACGAUAUCCCAGCGCGACGAUUCCAGAAUAAGAGGGAGCGAGAGGAAGAAGGAAAGAAAGAAAGGAGCAGCAGCGGUAGCAUACCUGCCUGUCGGACAUCCCUCGUAUUCGAAAGGGACGUGAUUUGUGAGUAAAGGAAAGAAAAGAAGAGGACUGAUAUACGAGCGAGUAUUGAGAGGACAGCGGUGGAAGGAAGAGGAAGAAAGAGGGAACGAGACCCGGAUUUUCUGGCCUGCCUGCUUGCUCGCUUGCUUGCCUGCCUGCCUGCCUGCCCGUUUGCCUGAUUGCCUGCUUGCCUGCGCGACGAACCGGCGACCUAACCUAACGACAACGACGGCCGAGAGAAGUGCGCGCGAGAAUCGGAGAGAAAGAGAGAAAAUCUCGUUGUGUGAGGGUCGGAGGAGAAGUAGAAGUCGAAAGGACGAAAGUGAAAAGGUAAAAUCGGCUCUCCGGAGCGUUCUCUGCUACUCCACCUCGUCUUUUGUCUUAACGUCGUGGAUUUUCGUGUGACAUGUGCCGCGGAGUGUACCGCGAUUGAAGGGAGAACUCGAACGGAAAGCAUCAACGUUCAUUUCGCAGCGCACGGAUUAUCCUCGUAUUUACGGGAUGCCGGUUGACUGAAGAUGGCCUCGCCGACACCCUCGCUGGAAUCGCGCGCAAAUUCCCUCGGGUCCCCGGUCUCGCUGUCCCCGGUAACGGUGAGCGGCAGCUCGCCGCCUGCUAGCGAUUCGGCGAUCUGCGACGUCGACAGCUGCGACUUGUGCCUCGACGCACCGAAAUCGGGCGAGGAUCCGUGCCCGCGCUGCCGGCUGGGUAGCACCGGUGGCACCAGUCGCAUCCGUUGUACCGGCUGCAAGUCUACUGAGGCUGGCGCAGUAGCGCGUUGUUACGAUUGUGAUCAAUUUCUCUGUCCAAAUUGCGUGAUGGCACAUCAAUUCAUGCUCUGCUUUGAGGGCCACCGAGUAUUGAACCUGGCCGACUCCAAGCUGGAGACCGUCGGCGGCGGUGGCGGCGGCGGUGGUAACACGAUCACCUCGACGACAGAAUUGCCUAAGAGCGUUUGCAACGGCGGCAACAACGGCGGAGGUGGCGGUGGUGGUAACAAUUUGGUUAUCAACGGCACCGGAAACAGCAACAACGGCGGCAACGCCGAGAAGAUACACUUCUGCUCGCGGCACAAGCAGGAGAUAAUCAAGUACUUUUGCCGCAGCUGCAAUCUGCCUAUCUGCAAGGAGUGCACGUUGACGGAACAUUCGGCGCCGUUGCAUGACUGCGCCCACGUCUCGGAUGUGGGUGCGCAGCAGAUGGAAGCGUUAGCACGGAUCGUCCAGGAGUGCCGCACGAAGGCGGCAGAUGCGCGCGCGGCGGUCAAAGCAGCGGAUCAUAAUGUCGCAGUUCUACAGGUGCAGUAUCACAAGGCGCAGAACGAGAUCAACGACACUUUCCUGUUUUACAAAUCGAUGCUGGAUGAACGCAAGCAGGAGCUGCUGAAGGAGCUCGACUCGGUCUUCUCGACGAAGCAGAUCUCCUUGAACGUGCUCGGACAGCGAGCCAACGAAAUGGCGGACAAGAUGAUGCAGACCUGUGACUUCGUCGAACGUGUAACCAAGGUUACUAGCGUCACCGACUUUCUUAUGGUUAAGAAGAUCCUUGAAUCCAAGCUCCAGACACUGCUCAAUUACACACCGACCACGGAUAUAGCCAAUCAGACCGCGGAUCUCGAGUUUGUCAGCAAUUACCAGGCGAUACAAGUGGGCGUAAGGAACACCUUUGGUUACGUGCGAAGUAAUAGCAAUAGCGAAAACAAUGCUGGCUCGAUCGGCAAGCAGCCUCCUAUCGCGAGACCUACCGCUCUGUCGAGCAACGGCAUUGGUAGCGGCGGCGGCGGCGGCGGCGGCGGCGGCGGCGGUAGUAACAUCAGCAACGGACCCAUAAGCGGCGCGAACUCUUUAGGCGGACUUCUUUUGGAUCGGACUUACAGCAACGGCCUGAUCUCCUCCAGCAUGAAUUGCGGCUCGUCAUCGUCACCCUCCUCGAUCGACACCAUCAGUACCGUGAUCUCUAAACGCUUUAGUUCGGCCAACAGCCUCGGCCCGUUCUCCACAACGAUUAGCGACGUCAAUCUGAACGGCAUGAACGCCAAUCCGUACGAAAAGUGGAGCAAUGGAGGUAGUGACACUUAUCCAGUAGUGACGACGAACGAUCACUUCGCGAUGCCGUCGGUAGCCGUAGCGACGAACGCCGCACCAGGCGAUUCCGUCCUUGACUUGACCUCGAAAUUGAUGUCCGCCACUGCAAUAUUCCCACCUAAAUCGCAGAUCAAACGGCAAAAGAUGAUAUACCAUUGUAAAUUCGGCGAGUUCGGCGUAAUGGAAGGUCAAUUUACCGAGCCGUCAGGCGUCGCGGUAAACGCGCAGAACGACAUUAUCGUUGCCGAUACGAACAAUCAUCGCAUUCAGAUCUUCGACAAAGAGGGCAGGUUCAAGUUUCAGUUCGGCGAAUGCGGCAAACGGGAUGGUCAGCUGCUUUAUCCAAAUCGUGUCGCCGUCGUGAAGACGUCCGGUGACAUUAUCGUUACGGAACGUUCGCCGACUCAUCAGAUACAAAUCUACAAUCAGUACGGUCAGUUUGUACGCAAGUUUGGUGCGAACAUUCUUCAACAUCCACGCGGCGUCACCGUCGACUCGAAGGGACGAAUCGUCGUCGUGGAGUGCAAAGUGAUGCGAGUCAUCAUCUUUGAUCAGACUGGCAACGUUCUGCAAAAGUUCGGCUGCUCGAAACACCUCGAGUUCCCGAAUGGCGUAGUAGUGAACGAUAAACAGGAGAUUUUCAUCAGCGACAAUCGUGCCCAUUGUGUCAAAGUUUUCAACUACGAGGGCGCUUACUUACGGCAGAUCGGUGGCGAGGGCAUCACCAAUUAUCCGAUCGGUGUGGGCAUCAACACGCAUGGCGAAAUACUAAUAGCGGACAAUCAUAACAAUUUCAACCUGACCAUCUUCACGCAGGAUGGCCAGUUGGUCUCGGCUCUCGAGAGUAAGGUCAAGCACGCGCAGUGUUUCGACGUGGCGCUAAUGGACGACGGCUCGGUCGUAUUGGCCAGUAAGGAUUAUCGGCUGUACAUAUACCGCUAUGUACAAGUACCGCCGAUUGGCAUGUAGAGCAGUGACGCGUCACGACGACGACGAUGAUCGUCGUGCGCCAGUGUCAACGUUUUUCAUCGUGUCAUUAUCGCCAUCAUUAUCGCCGCUCCUCGUUGGACGGUCGCGUGGCUGCGAUCUCAUCGUGAUCUUUCCUCUCAUCAAUGUUCGCCUGUCUUCUUCUUCUACGUCCACUCCACCGCCGAAGCUCGCGCGCUAGACUCUACCACAUCGUUUGCACAUCACCUUCCUCGCUCGUUUCACCAACGAGACGUUUUCACGGCGAACCAUCCCCAUGAGAAAGGAAACGCACCGUUUAUUGCUCCAUACGCAAUUCUCAAGGGACCGACUUCCGAGCAAGUGUCGUUCGUACAGCAAGAAAUUGGGAGUCCCCUCGCCGGAACUUUCCCGAGGCACUCUUUCUGUGGUCUCUGCCGAACGACGGACAUCAUCGACGGUAUGCGAGAAAGCACGCGCGCGCGCGCGCGCUUCCCUCGACAUCCUCCUCGCGUUUCUGCGAGCUUGCUCCUCUUUAUCCCGCAUGGACGAGCGGAAAAAGAGGAGAAACGCGCGCGAUGUUUUGUGUGUCGUAUUAGCCCUCGCGACGCUGGGCUGUCGAAGACCCGCCAACAAGGGAAAAAGAGUGAGAGAGGAA